AUGACAGGCAAUGUUAUGUUCGCUCGGAAUUACUCGCAGCCUUACGCCAAACAUGCAAGUUUCCCGGGAGGUCACCAUUCCAACAAUGUCUUUGAUCCCAACGCUUUCCACUCAACAUCCUUCAUGUCUGAAAGUAAUCAUCAGAGUCCCAAUGUAAGCGACUCCGCUCCACGGCACAAGCGGCAUUGCUUGCAACCAGAACAGGAUCGAGCUGGGGAGGAGAUCUAUGGCCCCACACUGAAAUGCGUGCAGUCCAUCUUCGAUACUUGUGAAUAUACAUCCUCUACAGGGGAAGCCAACGAAAUCAUAUCAAAAACUUCGCUCCCUCCAACAGGCGAUCCCUUUUCUCUGACCCAAUUUGUGCCAUCAGAUAUGGGGACUUUUCGGUCUUCCAAGACCGUUUCUCCAACACCUCAGAGUCACGCCCCUGGCAGCCAUCCCCAACAUCAGAAAGCUAUACCUCAGGAAACGUUCAAGUCGAGUCAAGUUCAUUCUGAGGACCCUAAACCUUUCUCCAGGCUAGAAAGAGACAAUCGCGAUGUUUUUAAGUCAAGUUCAAGUUUAUCGUCUUCUGUAGUGGCAAAUGAUGGCUUGGGAUCUCGAGCUGAUUUCAGUCCCACGUGGACGUCAACAUCUGGUGAAUCAUGCCAGGUUAGUGAAGUCGGAAAUGAGUAUACAAUGCAACAUUACGGUGACGGUUGCACAUUUGGUAGCACAGAGUUGGAGCCCAAUUCUUGGGCAUUUCACGGCAUCGAAGGUUCUUCCAAUAGGCCAUGGAUUCCGACAAUUUUCACUGGGAAUUUCUCGGAUGUUAAUCCAUCACCGAUUGACUUUUCAAUCAGGUCGGACUUUUCACAGGUACUCCCCUUCAAUACAUUACGCGGCCAAAGUGAUUUUAACAGUGUCCUAAUGGAUAUUAAUCACGGAUAUUUCCCCCCGAAUAGUUGGGUAAAUUCAUUGCAAGGCACAAACAGAGAUCCUGAGUUAAGGUCACAGUUCAAUUUUGGCACAGACGACGAGACAAGGAGCCUCCAAACUGCUCAUAGCCAUUCUAUAGAAGAGGACAGCAUCCUCAAUGAAGGGCUGUCCAUGGCUGGUAUUUACAAUCUUUCAUUGACAUAUAAUAUCAGCUGUUAACAACUAGUUAGAAAAUUGGACUCCAUCCGCAAUGUUAGAAAACCAUACAACAGAGAGACUCGAAGCAUUCUCUCGCAUCUCAGAAAGCCCUUUGAUAGAACAGGAUCUGAGCGGUAUGGUAGGAGAACUUCCAGAUAUUCAGCAGUUUUUUGAUUACGAUCCCCCAUCAACGGCGCCGCAUCCGAUGUAUAAAGCUACAGAGCAGACCGACACACCCGAGGAAGUAUCUCCAAGCGUUUCUACCGAAAGCUUGGUGGUUUGUGGACCAAAGAUUUCGAAGGAUUCUUCCAAUCAAACGGUAAACAUAGAAUACCCGUCUCUAGGCCUCAUCCUAGUGGAAGAUACACCAGAACUUCGAGAAUAUAUAUCACGAUCCAAAAAAAAUAUAAAACGUUACGAUAUAUCAAUGCUUGAUGAAAAGUCCUCAGAAACCGCUUCAGACUUCAACAACACGUUCGUCGAUGAAGGAUUCACUGAUGCCAGCAAGACACGACCGAAGUCUUCCGCACAAAAACGAGGACUGAGACGAGAAUUAGGACGAAGAAAUGGUCCUUUGUCAGUAGAUAAAAGGAAACACGCUAGUGCGACGCGGAAAGAGGGAGCUUGCCUACGAUGUAGAUUGUCAAGAACAAGUGUAUGUACCAAAAUUCGUAAUCCUGAUAUACUCUACUAACUUGUUUAGUGUGGUAAAGGGGAGAUUUGUGAACCCUGCAGGAAGCAUUUGGCCAUGCUCCCGAGCCUCAUUUGUUGUAGAGCAUAUUUUAAGGAAUUCUCGGCUCUAUUUCUUCCCGGUAAUCGUAUUUGAAAUCUAAUUUUGGCACUCGCUUAUACUUCAUAGAACGUUUGUUCCGUCCAUAUCAAAGCUCAUUCUUGAUCCAACAACUCCAAGCGAAUCAAGUGGCUACAGUAGAUGACAGUCAAUUCGAGAUCAAUGUCUCGUCAGGUCCAAACUACCCACCAAUCCCAAUCACUGUUCAUGUUUUACGUGGCAAUAAAGAGUUCUUUAAAUUCAAGAAAAUCAUGACCGAUUCCAACAAGGACUCAAGCUUCGUAUCAUUUGACACUCGUCCAUUGGGAAUCCCAGACCAUUUCUUAACUCAGAAGAUACAACACAGACUUCUCGAACAUAUAGAAGCUAUUGUUGAGGGCGAACGUAACUACGGAGAAGUUCUCUAUGAUAACACAUCUCAGUUUACUUGGGAUGUGCAUGAAGCGUUAUCAAAGUUGUAUCAUGCAAAUCCACAGGUAAUUUCUCGCCUUCGUUUCCUAUUGUACUAGAGACUGAUUAGAAGCAGAACAAAGUAUAUAAAAGCUGUAUGAGCUUGUACGCUAUGCAAUACUUCAUGACUAAGAGUAUUUCAUUACAACCGGGAUUUGUCGAAAGCGCUUGGAGCAACAAAUACGGUCCCUUAGAGUUUAACAUGCUCUCUCCAAAUUUGAGUAUGGUCAACGAUCAGCUAAAAGCUGUCAUGUCACCUUUGAUCAGAGAAGCCUAUGUUGAAGUUUUGGAUAGUUUGGAUAAGCUCCUACGGCCAAAGCAGCAGAAGUUAUGGGCCGAAUCCUUUUUCUGUAUUCAGACACUGUGUAUGUGCGCUGAGAUGGUACAAACCAACAUGGAUCUUCGAGUUGUUCGUGCGCUCCGUGAUUCUUCAGGCGGAGAGGGGGCAGCAGCAAAUCUCCGAGAAGAAAGUAUUGAUGUCUGUCGAAAGCUUGAUGAUGUGGCUAUUAAAAACGCGGAAACCGGUUUCCACCUACUUUACAGCAAGUCAAAAAUACUUAAAGACGGCGGCAUACGAGAUCAUUCUUUCAAUCCCAUACGAAACGGGGUGGAAGUCGUGAGGAAGGAAAAUCUUGGUCAUAAUACGGAGGAGUUUGUGGAUAGGCUUCGCACUAUUGCGAACAACCAUAGUGAGUACUCGCUCCUAGGAUAACGUUACUACCCUCAGAACUGAUUUGUAUCAAAGAACACGACUUCAGUGACGCAGCAUCACGUUUGUCUUUCGAUGGAUCUCGGGACGUACUGGAAGAUCAUCUCGUGUUCCGUAAACACAAUUCUGGACGGCUUGUCAUGGCUUGUUUUGUGUGUAACCUUCACCGAAAAUCCCAAAACAGUUCACCGAAAAAAUUCGAGACCCUUUCUGUCCACAAUUUUCGGACUAGCGCUUCAUACUUUACAUUCACAAGAUCAGCCUCUGACUAAACACUGCUGAAAAAAUAAUCGCUUUUGAUAGUAUUCUUGGUCUUCUUUCAAACCUUUCUCAACUGUCCCAAGAAUUAAAAUUAAUUCGCAGGAUGAGCUUCCAUCGGGUUUCAAACAAAAGAAAACCGCCAAAAAAGACUUCAGGACGCGGAUAGACACUCUAUCAACCCGUCCUCGAUUUGUAAACACCUGCUAUACGUUUUCCACGAUUACGUGUAACUUUCCCCUCCAUGCUUUUCCAACAACGACGUCCUGGCAAACUUGAAUUAGUUAGCAUUCAGAGUUUGCUAAGAGACAGGAAUAGAGACACAUAGUAAGAAUAUCAUCGCAACGGCAACAGGCCAAUAGCUAAAAGAAAGAGAACAGAUACCGGAAGAACUUCAAAAGAACCUUGAUGGAACGGUCAAUGAGACAGCAAUCCCACCGGCAACUCAUGAAAUCCCAGCUACACUGUACUGCAAUAUCCUCUAAGCUCUCUUGAAGUUUUCAGUAGGAACCGAGCCUUGCUGACAGAGCAUCGGAAGGAUGCCCCUUCGAUUGGUCUACGAAAAGAGAAAACUCGGUGAGGACCAGGUCAACAAGGCUUUCAGAAAACCUAUAUAACUUGCGGCCCUCACUCAGCAGUACCGCAAAUCUGGUCAACAACCAACGACGUAUAUUAUAGUACCAAUCCAAAGAAACAAGCAGCAUACAGAUGGCGAAAGCGAAACCUUACCUUCUGACUUGUCACUUAUGUUUAUCCAUCUCACCGAACAUUCUUUACUUCUUGUAUGAGUUAGAAAGUGUUCUCAAAGAACAUGAGCAUUUCACUUACUGGGUCGUCCUCAUUGGGCCUAGCGGGAGGCUUUGACUCGCGGUAUAAAACAACUGCACAACACUGCAUCGGUUAGCCAUUGGGUCACAUGAUAAUCAUGUUGUCAUCAUGUGUGACUGUCCCCCCUGGUCGUUGGAAGAUGCGGGGUUCACGGGCAUUUACGACUUCCUCCGUGCCACACAGCCAGCCCGCCCGGAACCAAAGUGUACAUGGCAACUUUGCGGGCGCAGGGCACGAGGAGAAAGGGACGGUGAGAGUUUUGGAGCCAGGUUUGACGGACGAUGAACAACACAAUCGCACGUACCGAAGGUAAUGGCGACAUCUGCAAUUUUGGGAAAUCGCAGGCGCCGGCGGUUUCAAUGAUAGUGGACAAUGCCAUUGUGUUAGAUCUGCUCCUUGAGUCGCUCGCAAUUGAUGCCGCCAAUUCUUUAUGCUUUUCUGAUAAUCGAACGCAGGUAAAUCGAUAUAACGAUAGUGUCGUCGUGAGCUGCAGAGCCUUCGUUGCUGAGAAGUCGAUGUCGAAAAUAUAUCCAAAGAGAGUCUUUCCACGAGAGAUACCCACUGGAUCUUGUGGGAUUUGAUGUGUCUUUUUUGGUGAACAGCGAUUUCGGGCUGGUAGGAUUAGGAAGUGUGAAGAAUGUGUGUUGAAGAAAGGAGAAAGAUAGUGCUGUCGGAGG